ACUAAUCUUUUUCACUCUUAAUUAUCUCAUGGAACAAAACGUCAACUUUUUUACAAUAUUCCUAGCAUUUCUUACAUUUUCCCUCUUAAAUCACCCUUCUAUUGGCUUGAAAAUUAGCAAUAAGUUCAUAGGAAAAGAAGGUGAAUGGCAACUUCUUAGGGAAAACAUAGGUGUGGUAGCUAUGCACAUGGCAUUAACUCAUAUGAACACCGUCCUAAUCUUUGAUCAAACCGGCACCGGACCCUCGGCGUACCGCCUUACACGGCGAGCACGCGGUGGAGAAUGCUACCCGAACCAUGCUUCCGAUGUUAGGGACUCAUCUUGCUAUGCUCACUCAGUGGAGUACCACAUACCUAGCAACACUUUAAGGCCAUUGAGAAUAGAGUCUGACCCAUUUUGCUCAUCAGGCUCAUUUCUAAGUAAUGGGACUCUACUUCAAACGGGUGGGUAUGCAAAUGGGUAUCGAAAAAUUCGAUAUUUUGAGCCUUGUGAUGAUGAUAAUUGUGAUUGGAGACUAUCUAAAGAUAGGCUUGCUAAGAACAGAUGGUAUGCUUCUAAUCAAUUGCUUCCAGGAGAAAAAGAAAGAGUUAUAGUUGUUGGAGGUAAAAAAGUUUUCUCCUAUGAAUUUGUCCCUAGAAAAUCAUCCUUAAGACAUUCUUAUGCUCUUCCAUUUUUGCAAAAUACUUAUAACAAAUCUGGAGGAGGAAACAAUCUAUAUCCUUUCCUUCACCUUUCAUCUGAUGGUCAUCUUUUCAUCUUUGCAAAUCGAGACUCAAUCCUGUUCAACUACAGGCUUGAUCAGGUGAUUAAGACCUAUCCGCGGAUGCCAGGUAAAGGGUCUAGGAGCUACCCUAGCUCUGGAUCAUCGGUCAUCCUACCACUAGACCACAGAGAUGGGUUCCAAAAGGUUGAAGUCAUGGUGUGUGGAGGAGCUGCGGAGGGAGCUUAUAAUGCAGCUCGCGAAGGUCAGUACUUGGAAGGCCUAAAUAGUUGUGGAAGAAUGGAAAUUACAGGGGAAAAAAACAAGUGGAACAUGGAGGAAAUGCCACACCCUCGCCUUCUAUUAGACAUGGUUAUCCUCCCUACCGGAAUUAUCCUACUGAUCAAUGGCGCGCAACAAGGGGCUGGCGGGUGGAACAAUGCAGCCACCCCUGCACACCGCCCUUUGUUGUACAAGCCUAAGAAACCACUAGGGAAAAGAUUUUAUGCUCUCAAGGCAACAAAUGUAGCUCGGAUGUACCAUUCAUCAGCCAUACUAUUACCUGAUGGAAGGGUCCUUGUUGGGGGAGGUAACCCUAAUGAAAGGUAUGUGUACCAUAAUGUAAGAUACCCUACAGAGUUGAAGUUACAAGCUUUUGCUCCACAGUAUACUGACCACAGAUUUCACCAUAUACGGCCUAAAAACGUUUCCAUAGAUUCGGUUAAUAUAAGGUAUGGAGAUGACUUUGAAGUGAGGUUUUGGGUAGGAAGCAAGCUCGAUGAGAAGGUUGAAUUUAACGCAUAUGCACCUCCAUUUACAACACAUUCAAUUGCAAUGAAUCAAAGGUUGUUGAAGCUAAGAAGUACCAAAAUUGUGGAAGAUGAUGAUGGGUGGGUUAAUGCGGUGGUAGAAGCACCACCUUCAUCUAAUGUUGCACCUUCUGGGUAUUACAUGCUCUUUCUUGUUAAUGGUGGGAUUCCUAGUCAAGCUCAAUGGAUCAGAUUUGUACAUGCAUGAUAGUACGUAUCUAGGAUUAUAGUGAUUAUAUAGAGUAUUAUGUGAGAUCAAAUAAAGAAUAUGUACGUAGUGAAUCAUG